AAUAUAAAAGUAACAUUUGUGAAAUUCUAAAAUUAGCCAUUUAUCCCGCUAAGGCAUUUUUCUUUGAAGAUACUAUGGGUAACUCGCAGGCGAAAAAGCGUGAAGCUCAACUUUCCGGACAAGUUGAUUCGAGAAUCACGUCCACCACCACAAGCAAAUCCUUCUCCAAGCCACCGCAGUUACCAUCGGAACUACCGCAAUCUCGUCAUGGCUUAGGGAACCUCUCUACCAAGAAGAAAUAUGCUCUGAUUCCGGAUAACUUCACCUCUCUUCAACAGGUUACAAGUGCCUUGAGAAACGAAGGUUUAGAAUCCUCAAAUCUCAUCCUUGGAAUCGAUUUUACAAAAAGCAAUGAAUGGACUGGCAGAAUCUCGUUUAAUAAUAGAAGUCUACAUGCUAUUGGAGAUACACCUAAUCCUUAUGAGAAAGCAAUUUCUGUUAUUGGAAAGACGUUGGCUCCUUUUGAUGAGGACAACUUGAUUCCUUGUUUUGGAUUUGGCGAUGCUACAACUCACGAUCAAGAAGUGUUUAGCUUUCAUUCUGAUAAUUCAGCUUGCCAUGGAUUUGAGGAAGUUUUGGCUUGCUAUCAAAAAAUUGUUCCAAACUUGAGUCUUUCAGGACCAACAUCAUAUGCUCCAGUGAUUGAGGCUGCAAUAGACAUGGUUGAGAAAACUCAUGGCCAAUUCCACGUCUUAGUUAUUGUUGCAGAUGGCCAGGUUACGAGAUAUGAAAACAAUCAUGAUGGAAAAUUAAGUCCUCAAGAAGAGAGAACAAUAAAAGCAAUUGUUGAUGCAAGUUCAUACCCUCUCUCUAUUGUUCUGAUUGGAGUUGGUGACGGACCUUGGGGAGAUAUGAAAAAGUUUGAUGACAAGUUACCUGCACGUGAUUUUGACAAUUUUCAGUUUGUUAACUUCAAUGACAUCAUGUCUAAGAAAAUAAGCUCGUCUGCGAAAGAAGCUGCUUUUGCUCUGGCUGCUCUUAUGGAGAUACCUUUCCAAUAUAAAGCAACUCUUGAGCUUGGAUUACUUGGUUGUGCUUCAGGAAGGGCAAAGAAAAUGGUUCCAAGACCUCCUCCAGCACCUUAUUCUCGAUCUAUGCCACCGGAUUAUUUUAUGAGAAACAUGCCAGAAUCAUCUAUGGAUGAUGAGCGAAACCAAAUGAUAUGUGCUAUAUGUUUGACCAAUAGAAAGGAUUUGGCCUUUGGAUGUGGUCACAUGACUUGCAGAGAUUGUGGGUCAAGAUUAAGCAAUUGUCCGAUAUGCCGGCAGAGGAUCACCGAUCGCUUAAGGGUGUUUUCUGGAUGAUUGCAGAAUGAAAAAGCAUGCACAUUAGUUAACUGUAUCAUAUUUAUGCGUGAUAAUGGCUUUAAAGAGUGGUGAAGAAAGGUCAUGCCGCCCUGCUCUUGCAUAAUAUCAUAGCUUGGAUUUGUUGGAAUGGUUUAAGAAUGUAGAAACAUAGCAAGAAUUGGAAGAAAUCAUAUCAGUAGAUACCUAUAAAAUAUUGUACAUACUCCUUUAUUUGCUUCUUCGGUUCAAAUUUCACUUGUACUUCAAAGAUUCUACCUGUUUUCAAUUGAAAUCUGAAAGGUGUGUUCCCUAA